CACAAGCGUUUUUGAAUGGAAAAUAAAACAACCAAAACAAUUCAACCAAACGUUAUACAUGAAAGAGUUACUACUCUUCAUCAAAUUAUAAAAUAUCUUGAUACGGUUGAUAUUAAACAAAUGGGAGUCCAAGAAUAUGGAGCUGAACAAAUUUUAUCAAUGUGUCAUAAUAAAGACAAUAAACCUUUUUAUGCUUUUAUUGGAACUUUUCUUUCUCCACAAACCCGUGACCAAAUAACCUUUGCUUCAGUUAAAAAGUUGCAUGAAACUCUUGGAGAGUUAAGUGUUGAUGUUAUUAAUAAUACAUCACUGGAAGUUCUUAUUAAUUGUAUUAAAGGUGUUGGGUUUUAUACUACAAAAGCUAAACGGUUAAAACAUUGUUGUGUUAUUAUGAAAGAACAAUACAAUAAUCAAGUCCCACAAACAAAACAACAAUUAUUAACACUUCCUGGUGUUGGACCAAAAAUCGCAUCAUUAAUUUUAUCAAUUGGAUUUGAUAGACUAGAGUCAUUAGCAAUUGAUACACAUGUAUUUGUUAUUUCUCAACGACUAGGUUGGGCAGAUGGUUCAACCCCAGAAAAAGUGAGACUUCAAUUAGAAUCAUGGUUGCCAAAAGAAGAAUGGCCUUUGUUUAACAAGUCGCUUGUUGCUUUUGGACAAUGUUGUUGUCGUAAAACACAUCCAAAAUGUAAACAAUGUCCAAUACAAGAUAAAUGCCAGUAUUAUCAUCCCCUUAACUAAAUUAGAGUAUUAAAAGAAUAAAACAUCUUUAAUAUAAGAACUUAUUGGU